GUCAACCCAAUGGUAAUAAGGGAGUUGGUUAUUCAGCAGCCGUUGUCGGCCAACCUGUAGAUUUCGUUAAAGCGUUAACAAACGGAGGAUCGGGCGCAUUUGUAAUAGGAGCAGAUACAGGCCCAUAUAACUUUGUUGUUGCCUAA